AUGACGCACGGUUUCCUUUUUAAUAAGGCUUGGGAGGAGGAGAAAUGUAGUAGUAUGGAGGAGGAGGAUAUGGUGAGGGCAGUGGUGGUGAUUUGUAGUAAUAUAGUGGUGGAGGUGAUGGGGAGGGCAGUGGUGGGGACUUGUAGUAAUAAGGUGAUGGGGAGAAUGGAGAAGGAGGUGGUGGCGAUUUGUAGUAAUAUAGAGGGGGCGGGGAUGGAGAUGGUGGAGGUGGUGAUUUAUAAUAGUAAGGAGGAGGAGGUGAGGGUGAUGGUGGUGGAGGAGACUUGA